UCUGUCAAUCACGCCGACGCCGCUUAGGUUCGCUCUCCAAUCUCUCAUUCAUCCUGACAGUCAGACAGCCUCCAUUUUUAUCAGGAAACUCUCCGCGGUGGAAAGAGUUCAUUUUCGUGGAUUGGUUGGCUAUAUUUUGUUUCCUGGAUUUGAAAUGAUGCUGAAGUGAUGCUGCUUCGCUGUUCCAAGCCGCUGUAGACCAACAUCACCAACAUCAUCAUCAUCAGCAUCAUCAUCAUCAUCAUCGCCGGUAUGAGUCUGAUCGAAAUCCCGACAUGAGAGAUUUGGAGUAAUAAAACCCUCAGGACUGUAGAAGAUCUCAAGUGUUUAAAACGUUGAUGUUAACGCGCUGGAGAACGCCUCAGUGGCAGGAAUCAAGCAAAGGCACAAAUGAAACUCUGCGACUGAGAAUAAGGCUCUGAGAAUCAUUGUUACCACACACAAAUUCACUUAUUACUCACACACACACACACACACACAAUGGCACUGGACAACACCGGCUUCUCCUCGUGCCCCGAAUCCCUGUCCCUCCCAUUUCCAGAGAAAGGGGAGGAGCCUGUGGAGGAGGACCCAAAGGAUGCUCCGCCCACCGAUUUACAGAACACAUUUGAGGAGCUGGGGCACGUCGUAACCACGGAGACAGCCCCGCCCACACAGCCACCGACCAGUAACAACAUGUCCUUCCAGGCCAAGAUGGCUGCGAGGGAGGCGCAAGCCAAUCAGCACAGGAAGAAACUUCAGGGGGUGGGGCAAGAGAGGGGCAAGUUUGGAUGGGGGCGCAGCAGGCGUAAGAGGCAGCGCUACGUGGAGAAGAACGGCCGCUGUAAUGUGCAGCACGGGAACAUGCGCAAGACGUACCGCUACCUGACGGAUAUCUUCACCACUCUGGUGGAUCUGAACUGGCGCUGCUCUCUGCUGGUCUUUGUCCUGGCGUAUGCAGUCACCUGGCUCUUCUUUGGAGCAAUAUGGUACCUCAUUGCAUACUGCAGGGGUGAUCUGGAUCAUUUGGAGGACGAGACGUGGACUCCAUGUGUGAAUAAUGUUAAUGGAUUCAUCUCUGCGUUUCUCUUCUCCAUUGAAACGGAGACAACCAUUGGCUACGGUCACCGUGUCAUUACUGACCAGUGUCCAGUGGGCACCAUGUUACUCCUGCUACAGGCCAUACUGGGAUCUAUGGUCAAUGCAUUCAUGGUUGGUUGCAUGUUUGUGAAGAUCUCCCAGCCGAAUAAGCGAGCCGAGACACUGGUGUUCUCUCGUAAUGCUGUCAUCUCAUUGCGGGAUGACAGGCUCUGUUUGAUGUUUCGCGUUGGGGACUUGAGAUCCUCCCACAUCGUGGGCGCCAACAUGAGAGCCAAACUUAUCAAAUCCAAACAGACACAGGAGGGUGAGUUUAUUCCACUGGAUCAGACAGAUAUCAGUGUGGGAUUCGAGACCGGGGACGAUCGUCUCUUCCUGGUGUCUCCAUUGGUGAUCUCUCACGAGAUCGACGUCCGCUCUCCGUUCUGGGACAUGUCACAAGGUCAGCUGGAAAAAGAGGACUUUGAGAUUGUGGUCAUCCUGGAGGGGAUGGUAGAAGCUACAGGAAUGACCUGUCAGGCGCGGAGCUCUUACCUGGCUGAAGAGGUGUUGUGGGGACACAGGUUCAGUCCCAUGAUGUCACUGGCCGAGGGAUUUUUUGACGUGGAUUAUGGGGCUUUUCACCACACAUUUGAGGUGAACACGCCCUCCUGUUCUGCGAGAGAGCUGGCAUUGGCUACCGCCCGUUUAGACGCUCAUCUCUAUUGGUCGAUUUCCAGUCGGCUUGAUGAAGAUAAAUGGGAGGGGCCUAAUCUGACUGAGCAAACGGGGAAGUCCACGGAUUCAGAAUCUGUCAGGGAGGGAGACGGGCCAACAUUUACUGUGGGUGGAGUUACAAAUACCCAGGACCAAUCAGUUGUUGGAGAACAGAAUGGCAGUGUGACCACUGACCAAUCAGAGUCUGAGGCUUAA